AAGAAGGAUUGCGCGUUCUGGAGCUGAGCCCCGUGGGGCGGGCACGGCUGGGCAGCGUGCAAACCACUGAUCGAAUCCUUUUGCCCUCCACCGCAGCGAGGCAGCCUCGGGUGCUCGUAGGGCAAUUGGAGGCUCACAGCAUGGAGAGGGAGAGCAUGGAGCGGGCGCGGAGCGCGCCGCCCAUUGAUCUGCGGCCGGCGGGCACUGACAACAGAUUGACGCGUAGUGCGUCGGUGUCGGGCUCGCAGCCUCUGCAACAUGUCGUCGCAAGCUCACUGAGCGACCGCCUCUACGGGCGGCUGUUUGGUGAUCGCACUCAUUAUGAGCCGGUCAUCGACGAGGAAGGAGGCCCGCGGCCAACAUCAGUGUCGGGCUCGCAACCUACCGCGCACUUUGCCGCACCAUCGGUCGGCGACCGUCUCUACAGCGACACGCGACGGCUCUACGGCCAGCAGCGCCGGAAGUCGUCGGCCUACUCGUCGGCGAUGGCGCGCGGCGUCGACGCGUGGCUGCUAGAGGCGUACCAGGAACAGCUCUCGCGGCGGCCGCUGCCGGAGCCUCCAGGCUGGUUCUACGGCCUGUUCUUCCUGACGUCGCUGGGAUAUAUGAGUUCUUUCACCAUGGUGGGCGUCCUCAUCUCCUAUUUCAACGCCCACUACGGUCCGAGCUUCUUCGUCGUGCUCUCGGCCGCAUUCUAUAUGCCCGGCAUCGGCGUCUCGUAUAUCCAGAAGCGGCUGGACACGUUCCUCGACGAACGCCUGGGGGUGCGGUCGAGUUUUGUGGUGCGGAGCACGCUCUGUAUGGGCGGCCUCGCGAUAGCUAUGCUGGCCUUCCCGGCGUCGUUUGUGGGCGGCGGGCGCGGGCCGCCGCUCAUGAUGAUGUUCCUCUCCGGGGUACUGACCUGGUGGUCGCACGGAACGGCGAGCGUUGUCACACUUCUCUUCCCUCCAGACGCAAACGUUGCCCUCCAGACGGGCUUCCGCGCGCCGGAGCUCGCGGCCCUGCCGCUCGCCAUCGCCCUGCACAUCGGGCCCGCCUCGAGCCUUCGUGAUGUUAGUUUAUUCCUCUGGUGCUCGGCGCUUCUCUCCGCGGGCGGCCUCGUGUGCUGGAUUUACAUCCUCGGCAGCGCGCACGGCGCGCGCCGCCUCGAGAACCUAGAACGAGCCAAGGCCGACAAGACGCCACGCUCGAAGGCACGCGAGUCGACGUUCGAGGCGGCAGAGGAGCCGGCGGAUCCAGUAUCAAAAACGAUUCGGACCUACCUUAUCGCCCUCGGGGUGUCGCUCUUCUGUUCAGUCUUUCAGGCGCCGUUUUACGCUUACGCCAAGUCGGCGGAGGGUAGAGACAUCAACGAGAUUCUCUAUUUCGCACGGCUCUACGGCGAUUUCCUCGGGAGGCCUCUCGCCAAGAUAUAUAAGCCGGGCUGGAUCGUCAAGGAGGGCGGCGGCGGUGUGUUGAUAUAUACCUUACAGCGCAUCGUGUGGAUGGCCUUCUACUUCGUCUACGUCUUCGGGCCCGUAUAUUUCAUCCCGCGCUCCGACCUGGCCGUCGUAGCCGUCGUGGCCUACUUCUCGUUCGGAAGCGGUUAUAUCAACACGCUCACCAUCGAACUCGCAGGAGCGGAGGCCGGCGGCCCCACGCAAAACGCAGCCCGCAAGGAGGAGGCGUCACAUCUCCUCAAUUUGAUAUUUCAGUGCGGCAUGACGGCGGCGACACUCCUCUCGAUCGUCGUCGCGCACUUUAUUCCGGAGGCGUAGUUCUGCUUUCAAGCAGUACCGCGCCAUUCGUUCUUCUCUAAAUUUUCUUAGCUUA